UUCGCGGGUAUUUUUCAUCGAUCUCGCGAGAAGGCACGAGAAGGAGGCGUGGUUUUGUCUGGUUCUGAGAGUCGGCGGAAAACUGAGCCAUUCAUUUCCGUGCCGGAGAGUAACGUUACAGGCGGCACCGACUGAAAAUCUAGCCCCCUGAACAACCAAACAACAGAAGUUCACAAUGGGAGACACAGAAGUUCUGGCAGAUGUGACCAACACUGAUCAUGAUGUGGCCAUGAACGGAGACAAUGAGGUAUUUGAGGAUGGCAAAGUCUUCACACAGAAGACCUCCAUCACUCUGAAGAAGUCGAAUGCCUCCUCAUCCUCUGCACGAUCUGGAAGUCUCUCCGGUGACGAAGACAAGAAAGGGAUGAAGCGUGUCAGCAGGUCCUCGCGAACAAGUAGCACCAGUUAUGAGAAGAAGAAGAGAGAACCUGCACGGCUUGCCCCCAGCGCGUUUGCCAAAUUCCAGCAAGCUGACGCAGCGUCCUCCUCCGCCCCCGCCAAGAAAAUUAACAUCAAGCUGAGCCGCUCUGUGAGGGAUCGAGCAAGUGAGACUGACACCACCAUGUCUACUGUCAAACAGAUCCAAGACUCAUCAGACAAGUGUAAGACAUGUGGGAAGAGGGUAUAUCCGGUGGAGAAGCUUGUUGCAGACAAGAACGUCUACCACAACACCUGCUUCAAGUGUGCUGAAUGCAACAGGACUCUUAGGGUGGGUACGUACGCCUCCAUCGACGGAGCCAUCUACUGCAAGCCCCACUUCCAGCAGCUGUUCAAGCUAAAGGGCAACUAUGAUGAGGGCUUCGGCAAAGAGAGGGCGGUCAAGAAGUGGCCUGCAGCCCAGGGUGACCUUCCCCAAGACAACCUUCCCAAGGCUGAGGAACCUGCCAAGAAGCAGCGCAGGGGAAGGGAUGGAGAUGCAGAUGAAUCUGAUGAUGACAAAGAGGAACAGGAAACCCCUUCAUCUGACAAGAGUGCAGGUGAUGACAACAAAGAAGAAAAAAUGACAAGUGCAGCACCAGUUACUAACAAGACUGCAACUGCAAAGGAAAAGUCUGAGGGAAAGUCCUCUUCACCAGAAAUCAGUGCAGGUGAUGACAACAAAGAGGAAAAGAAGACAAGUGCAGAACCAGUUACUAACAAGACUGCAACUACAAAGGGAAAGACUGAGGAAAUGUCCUCUUCACCAGAAAACAGUGCAGGUGAUGAUGACAAAGAGGAAAAGAAGACAAGUGCAGAACCAGUUACUAACAAGACUGCAACUACAAAGGGAAAGACUGAGGAAAUGUCCUUUUCACCAGAAAACAGUGACAACGAUGAUGAUGAUGAUGAAGAUGAUGGAAAGAAGGUCCAGGCAACAUUGGUUACCAACAAGACUGCACCUUUAAAGGAAAAAGCUGAUGGCAAGUCCUCUACACCAGAACACAGUGAUGAUGAUGGAAGUGAAGAUGAAAAGACCCAUCCAACAACGGUUACUAACAAGACUACAGCUUCAAAUGGAAAAUUGCCUUCAGCACAAGAGAAAUCAAGUGCCACUACCAGUGAUGCUGCCCGCAAAGAGAGCCAUGGAAACAGCAAUGUUUCCUCGAAGACCAAGUUCUUCCUAGAGAAGAUACAAGACAGCAAAGUUGAUUCCCCACCUUCAACAAAGAAUACACCUGUUCCAUCAGAUGUUACAAAGGAGAGCAAAGUCCGCUCGUUGAAGAGCAGAUUUGCUGACAAAUACAAAGAAAAAGACAGUGGAGUCCCUUUCUCAAAGAAGGCUGUGCUCACAAACAAGUCAAAGGAAAGCAAGGAGUCCCUUAAGACUGCUACUGUAAAGGAGACUACAGACGAAAAGAUCUCUUCUCCACAAAACACUGUCCAAGCGGACAAGGCAGAAGACAGCAAAGUUCCUUCUUCACUGAAGAGCACAUCUGACUCAGUGGAUAAGAAAAAGGACAGCAAAGUUUCUACCACAUUGAAGACAACAACUACGAAGGAAAAAACAGACACAAAGUCCUUGCCUCCAGAAAACACAACAUCUACGAAGGAAAAAACAGACAGAAAGCCCUUGCCUCCAGAAAACACAACAACUACGAAGGAAAAAACAGACGAAAAGUCUUUGCCUCCAGAAAACAUUGCUCUCAGAGACAAGGCAAAGGACACUCCAACUUCAGUGAAGACCAAGUCCUCAAAGUUUAAAGAUUGGGAUACUCUGUUAUCGCAAAAGUCACCUACAAAGGACAAAGACAGGAAGUUCUCUUGGUCAGAAAAGACAAAACCUUUAGCAACACCACCUAAGGAUAUCGAAGACCAAAAAUCAACACCUCCUAAAGAUAUUACUACAGACCAAAAGUCAACACCUCCUAAAGAUAUUACUACAGACAAAAAGUCAACAGCUCCUGAAGAUAUUACUACAGACAAAAAGUCAACACCUCCUAAGGAUAUUACUACAGACAAAAAGUCAACAGCUCCUAAAGAUAUUACUACAGACAAAAAGUCAACACCUCCUAAAGAUAUUACUACAGACAAAAAGUCAACACCUCCUAAAGAUAUUACUACAGACAAAAAGUCAACACCUCCUAAAGAUAUUACUACAGACAAGAAAUCAACAGCUCCUAAAGAUAUUACUACAGACAAAAAGUCAACAGCUCCUAAAGAUAUUACUACAAACAAAAAGUCAACAGCUCCUAAAGAUAUUACUACAGACAAAAAGUCAACAGCUCCUAAAGAUAUUACUACAAACAAAAAGUCAACAGCUCCUAAAGAUAUUACUACAGACAAAAAGUCAACAGCUCCCAAAGAUAUUACUACAGACAAAAAGUCAGCAGCUCCUAAAGGUAUUACUACAGACAAAAAGUCAACAGCUCCUAAGGACAUCACAGAUAAAAAGUCAACACCUCCACAAAAGUUUGUGACCCCGGACAGUGGUGUGGAUGUGGAGUCCCCCUCCAGCCAGAAGAACAGCAGGAAGUCCAGCCGCUCCAAGAGCUUCAGUGAGGAUGAGGAGGAGGAGGGGAGGAAGAGGACGGGGAGUACCACCAAGGCCUCCGAUACUCCUCAGCAGCUGCUGUCAGUCAAGGAGAGAAUGGCCAUGUACCGCCAGUCUGCUGAACACCCAAGCUCUGAAAAGAUAAAGGUCAAAAGUAACAGGACACCCAUAAUGCCCAAAUCAGCCCAGAAUGUGAUGUCCCGAAUGGAAAGGUAUCAGAGUGAGAUCAGUUCAUCUGGGGAAGCCCGUAAGUCCACCGGCGGCGACGACAGGAAAACGGUUGCCACGGGAACCCUGGCCGACCUCCGCAAGCGUUGGGAAAGCGGGGACCUCCUGACGUACCAGGAGAAGGAGUCCACGUCAGGGACGACCACCGGAGAUGAGAUGGAGGAAACGGUUGUGAAGAGCACCACCCAGUCCCACAAAGCCAUCAUCAGGCAGGAGGAAGCCAUUGUCGCCCAAGAAAUCAAGGCAGGCAGGACCAAGUCUCAUGGCUACAAGAAUUACGACCAGAAGCCAAGGGACAGUCAAGGGAUGCGUGCUUCCUCCUCCGACCACGACAUGAAUGGCGUCGUUGACAACGGCAGGUCGUCGCCGUAUGGAGACGAGGAAUUUGAACAGUCCAAUUUCGAAAGUGGACGACGGAGUUCCACCGGCGAUGUGGAGGUUGUGAAGUCGACCACACCAACUGCAGAUGACCGGGAUCUUGUGAAAGCUGGCACCGCCUCCAAUCUCAAGAAGAGGUGGGAGAGCGGAGAUCUUCAGAAUUACAGGGAGCGAUCUGGUUCCUCUUCCUCUUCGAGCAGCGAAUCAACCAACGACGCAGAAGAAGAGUCUGUAAGCACCGUUACCUCCUGGUCCGUGGAGGAAACCAAAUCAGCUGCCCCGAAACCUCAACCAACUCCAAAAGAGGUGCCCCAGCCAGAGCGCCGAGAGAUGAAGAAGUCAGAAAGCCUCAAGAAGCGGUAUGAAGAAAAGUUGGAGAAGAAAGAAGCGAAGGAUGAGGAAAGAGAAGAAGCACCUCGGAGGGCUCUGAAUAGGGCACCAAGCUUUUCCAGGACAAUGGCAGCAAAGUUUGAGAAGGGCGCUGUCCGAAGUCGCAGUAGCUCUAGCAGCUCCAGCUCCCAGGAGCAGGAUCUGGAUGCGGAAGUGGUUCGUGCCACAUCUCACCAUCACAAAGAGAAACCUGACAAGGUUGACACCCCUGACAACGAAGGUAGUUCAGAUGUGGAUGAAGAGGUGUGUGAAGGCUUCACAACGACUUCCCAGUUUCCAGAAACUUGUCUGGGGAGUCCGUCAUUGUCAGAUAUCGCUGCCCAACUGUCAAAAGGCGGGAUAUUCCCUUUCCUCUUACACAGCCCCAAACCAAAACAUGUUGUUAAUCUGGGUCUGUCUGCCCGUCUGAGAUCGAUGUUUGAGAAGGGAGAUGUGCACAAUAUCGAGGCUCCUGCCAGGAAGAGUCCAGUGGCUAUCCCUAGGAGCACCAGCACUCCUGACAUCUCUAAGGCAGGAAGGAGGGACAGUACCAGCAGCAGCAGUAGUGAGGAGGGGGAAGCCCACGCUGUGAAAACUAGCUUCAGCGAUGAUGAAGCUGAAAUUCGCAAGGCUGAAAUCAAAGGCCCCUCUGCCAAGUCCCUGAGAGCCAUGUUUGAGACCAGUAAGACAGAGGACUCAGGACCUACUGCAGUUCCCAAGGCCAAACCAAAGAGCAUUUCCCUGUUUAAAACACCACCCAUGGAGAAGUGCAGGGCCUGUGGGAAGACUGUCUAUGCCAUGGAGAAGAUUGCCACAGACCACGACACGUUUCACAAGAGUUGCUUCAAGUGUGACCAGUGCAAGAAAGUACUCAGUUUGGGUACUUUUGCUGGUAUUCAUGACAAGCUCUACUGCAAGCCCCACUUCAAGCAGCUCUUCCAGUCCAAGGGCAACUAUGACGAGGGCUUCGGCCACUCGCAGGCCAAGUCCAAGUGGGCCCCGAAAUCCGACAGUCCCGAGGAGAACGCCCAAGAAAAGCAGCAGAUUGAGGAGGUUGCGGAAGUGAAGCAGCCUACUCCUGUGAGGCGGCCCAGAAGCGCUGAUCUCGAGGAGUUUGAUGACAAGCCUUCCGUUCAGGACGACCAAGAUGAUGAGGAAUUUGAGGCGAGGCGUCCUGUCCCUGCAAAGCGACAGAGCCUUCCUAAAAGUGAAAGUUCCUCAGAGAGUGAAAAGGAGGAGGAAGAAGAGGUGGUGACCAGAAGAAGCCGGUCCUCAUCUUCAAGCAGUGAUAGGGUGGCCAAAGGUCGUAGCCAUUCCGCAAGCAGCGGGGAGGGGAGCAAAGGUCGUAGUCACUCCGCAAGUAGCGAGGAAAGGCGCACCAAGAGGCGGUCCGGUUCAUCGUCAAGCAUGGAUGAAGAAGACAGGCGGCAGCGCGAGCUUUCACUGAAGGAAGGGAGUGUAGAAGAGGAGAUUAAACGGGCUCGACUCUACCGCCAGAAACUUCUACGGGAGAGUUCUCAAGACGAGGAGGACUGUUAAGUCCCCUUCCUUGUCCAUAUGUCUGUUUUGCCUACUUUGAUCUUUGAGUGCGCAAAUGAUUCUAGGAUUUCCGCUGUUGCUUCACAGUUCAAUGUAGGUUUUGUGAUUUGUCUUCUAAUUGUCUGUACUUUCCUCUGAUCUUAACUAUGUCACAUCGUACUCUAACCCAGCAUGGAUUGAAGGAGGCAAACCUCUCAAGAAUUUGUGCAUGAACAUGUUGUCUUUUGCCAGUGCCAGCUGUAGUGUAUAUAACAACUACUGUACCUAAUGUGCCAUAAACAGAGUAUUACAAUUUCUAUCCCUAAAGACUAUUGCAGGAGACUAAAAAAUGUAUAAUCUACUUGAUUGAAAUAGUCAUAUCUGGCUUUCUGUCUACAUUGUGUGUUUGCAACAGCCUUUCUCUCAAGCUUUGCGUAGCAGUGCCACCUGGCAGACUUGUACAGUAUUGCAGUUCAAUGCACUUGUUAUAAGAUACUGAUUAAUGGCAUGAAAGUGCUGCUACAUGUAAGGGUUCAUGAUUGCUGGAAUCGAUAAUGAAAAUGCAGUGGAAAAUGUUUCACACCAGAAUGAAAUAGCAGCAAACUUUGUGCAAUGAAUGAAUAAUGUUUUUAGUACAUUGCCAAAGAGAUGGUGUACUCUUGGGGUUUGGGAAGAGGGGUUUUGUAUGAAGAUCUGCAUGACAGUAUUGUCCGCAAUGAUGCAAUAAGCUGGUAAAUGUAAAAUGCACUUCAAUUAUGAGGUAUAGAAUUGGGGAAAAACAGGCAUGGCUCUGCAUUGUUCACUACAGCGAAUGCCUAGUUACAGUAACUAAUUCAAGAUUUUGUCUAAUUGUAGUAAUUAGGACUGAGGCACAUGUAUUACUCAAGACAUAUAGAGAAAAACAAUAUUUCAAGAGUAGCUUGUUUGGUAUACAGUAUGCAGGGAAUGUAUAGAUUACCAACUAGUCAUGGAUUAAGUAUUACGGAAAAACUUCUAACAGAGUUCAUAACAUUGUAUGUCUACUUGAUUUAUUAUCUUGAUAACACUAUAUACCAUUUAGAUUCCUCUCAAGCUGGGCUUGAUAACCUUUUGGGACAUAGUACAUAUACUUACCAGCAAAUGUGUUUCACAGCUCUGAUUGGCUAGAGAUCGGCAAAUCACAUGGCUCCAAUUACCAUAUCUGUUUCAUACAUUCCAAUGAGUGGGCAAAUAUGCAGCUGAAGGUGACAUCACAAAAUGACUAACCUUGGACUAAAACCUAAUUGUUGUUUCCAUAUUAUGAAACUGAAACCUUGCCAUUUAUGUAUCGAUAGGAAUGUUAUUGUAAACAACAACCACAGAUAAUCUCAGAUUGGUCUUGGGAGUUAUGUAUAAAAUAUGUUAAAGAAAAAUGAUAAUUUUCACAUUGUUGUUUUUUAUGUUUAUGUUAUCUUUCCAAAAAGGUGGUUCCUUGCUAUUGUUAUUUUGUUAAAACAUUCCUAUGAAAAAUUUAAUUCUCUACUUAACAAUCUCUAUCUACUUACCAAAUUUCUACUUAAUGCCAUAAUGCUUAACGGACAUGUACGAUUACUGCUUACAUUUUGAAUACUGUUUUUGUGCAUGCUUUUAAAGGAAUUCGUAAUAGAUAAUAAUAAGGUGAUUUGAAAUUCAUUCCACAUGGGACAUUCCAACUUGUGAUUCAUGUUUUUGCUAAAUGACCUGCUUUGCGAAAUGUUGCAUUAAUAUAUCCCUGAAUAUUUUUUGCAUUUUGAUGUAUACUAGAUUGCUACAAUGUAUGGGAACACAUAUUGUUAUGCUUAGUCAAGGCUAGCCUGGUUUAUUUACACAAUACAUUUAAUAGAGAUUUUGACCUGGAGAUAAUAUUCUAAGAGAAAUAAAAGUUUCCAAAGAUUUGAGGUGAUUAAACUUCACUGAUCAAGAUAUAAGCUUUACAUUGUAUAAAAGUAGAAUGUUCUGAGCGUUUUAUUCAAAAUUUUGUAAAGCGUAUAAUAAGGUUCAUGGAAUAAAGGAAAUGAUUUUCA